AUGGUGAAGGAGACUCUGUAUUAUGAUGUGCUGGGGGUGAAGCCCAGUGCUUCUGCUGAGGAGCUGAAGAAGGCGUACCGUAAGCUGGCCUUAAAAUAUCACCCUGAUAAGAACCCUAACGAGGGUGAGAAGUUCAAACAGAUUUCCCAAGCCUAUGAGAUACUGUCUGACCAGAAGAAGAGAGAUCUGUAUGAUAAAGGUGGUGAGCAGGCUGUCAAAGAGGGUGGCUCCAGUAGUAGUUUUGGGUCACCCAUGGACAUAUUUGACUUGUUCUUUGGAGGUGGUGGGAGGAUGCAAAGGGAGAGACGAGGCAAAAAUGUUGUUCAUCAGUUGUCGAUAAGCUUAGAAGAUCUGUAUAAUGGUGCAACAAGAAAGCUGGCUUUGCAGAAGAAUGUGAUCUGUGACAAAUGCGAAGGUCGUGGUGGUAAGAAGGGUGCAAUAGAAUGCUGUCCUAAUUGCAGAGGCACAGGCAUGCAAAUCAGAAUUCACCAGAUUGGUCCAGGAAUGGUGCAACAGAUUCAGUCUGUAUGUAUGGAGUGUCAGGGGCAUGGGGAGCGUAUUAGCCCCAAGGACCGGUGCAAGAGCUGCACUGGCAGAAAAAUUGUUAGAGAGAAGAAGAUUCUAGAAGUUCACAUUGACAAAGGAAUGAAGGAUGGUCAGAAAAUAACAUUCCAUGGUGAAGGGGACCAAGAGCCAGGACUAGAGCCAGGGGACAUAAUUAUCGUCUUAGAUCAAAAAGAUCACCCUACGCUUACAAGGCAAGGGGAAGACCUUGUUAUGUGCAUGGAUAUACAGCUGGUUGAAGCACUGUGUGGCUUUCAAAAGCCUAUCACAACACUGGAUAAUAGAACUAUAAUUAUUACUUCUCAUCCUGGCCAGACUGUCAAACAUGGGGAUAUUAAAUGUGUGCUGAAUGAAGGCAUGCCAGUAUAUCGUAGGCCAUACGAAAAAGGACGUCUAAUCAUAGAGUUCAAGGUGAACUUCCCAGGUAGUGGCUUCUUCUCCUCAGAUAAGUUGUAUUUGCUGGAAAAACUGCUACCUGCAAGGCAGGAAGUAGAAGAAACUGAGGAAAUGGAACAAGUGGAUUUAAUGGACUUUGAUCCAGCUCAAGACAGAAGACAUUGCUAUAAUGGAGAAGCCUAUGAAGAUGAUGAGCAUCACCCUGGAGGUGGUGUUGAAUGUCAGACUUCUUAA